AUGCAAAAGCUCGAUGCGAACAUAAUGUUUGUGGUCGCUCAACAGUUCCGCUCUGUCUCGGACUUUGUCACACUUGAGAUGGUAUGCAAGAAGUUUCAAGAUACAAACAAUCGGUUUCACUACAACCCCAUUCCUUUAGAUAAAAAAUUCAGAAAAUUGUUUCCAGCAAUCGAGACGUUUUAUGUCUAUUCCGAGCAAGACAAAAUCUAUACAGACAUGAACAUUAAAAAGGUCGUCAUCCUCUAUGACGUCAAUUUUGAGACGUUUCUCAAACAACAAAAAAAGAAGUAUGUUUACACCAAACUCGAGUUAUCAAAGGAGAAUUGUGUGAAGUACUGCGAAAAUUUCAAAAUACCAAACGCGAUAAAUAUAUUAGGGACAGAAUGUUUCAGUGAGUCCGACAUUUCGAAAGCAACAAUCCCGUCUUCUGUAUUUUCGAUUGGAAAAGGCUGUUUUUCAAGUUGCAAAAAGUUGUCAAAAAUUGUGUUUCCACCAACCGUCAAUUUCGUUGGUGAAAAUUGCCUGAGUGACUGUGAUAAUUUGGUGUCUGUAGCAUUGUCGAGUGGCAUUAAAAGUCUUGCAGAUGGCACUUUCUCGGGGUGUAAAGCGUUGACAAAUAUUGUUAUUCCCCAAACGGUCGUGUCUUUUGGCGCAAAGUGCUUCUACCAAUGCUCUUCGUUAGGGUUUGUGAAUUUGCCAAAUGUGGGGUCUUCCAUUGGAAAGAAGUGUUUUAACCAGUGCACGUCACUGAAGACAAUAACAAUUCCAAUUGGUGUUAAUGUUCUUGACUCGGAUACGUUUUAUCAGUGCUCUUCGAUGACUAAAAUCGACUUCCCAAAUUCAUUGACAUCGAUUGAAGGAAAUUGCUUUUCAGAAUGUCAUUCCCUUGAAAACAUGUAUUUACCAAGAAAUCUUGUGAGACUUGGAGGAAGUGUAUUUCAGGGGUGUAAAGGGCUGUUGGAUGUGAAUAUCCCAAACACAACAAAAUACAUUGGCAGUCGGUGUUUUUAUUACUGUUCUAAAUUAUCAAAUGUGGUGCUUCCUUUAAGUUUGACAGUGAUCAAGGCAAGUACGUUCUGUGGGUGCGUUUCUUUACAUUCAAUUUUGUUACCGACUGAUUUGAAGUUGUUGAAAAAAGGAUGUUUUUAUGACUGUUCUUCGCUCACUGAAGUCACAUUACCAAGCACUUUGACGGAAAUCAAAGACGGUUGUUUCAGUGGGUGCACCUCCCUUCUCAAUUUAAACGUCCCAACGACGAUAACACAUUUCAGUGAGUAUCUCACAAAUGGGUGUCUUUCAUUCAAAACGAUAUCAAUAAGUGAUUCUGUCGUUUCUUUGGACGGAAACUGCUUUGAACGGUGCAUCUCACUCAAAACAGUUUCUUUGCCCACGUCACUCACAUUCAUUGGAAGCAAGUGCUUUUCUAAGUGUUACUCAUUACUCCCCUUUCAAAUCCCAACAAGUGUGAAAUCAAUUGGUGAGGAGUGUUUCUAUGAGUGCAUUAAAUUCGAUUCAUUCACAAUUCCAACUUCAGUUGACAAAAUUUCUGCGGGGUGUUUCUGCAGUUGCUCUUCAUUGAAAAAUAUUGACAUCCACUCGGGCAUAACUUUAAUCGAGGAAAACGCUUUUUGCUCAUGUUCUGCGUUGCAAAAAAUCGAACUUCCUCAAGACCUCACGUUUUUGCCAAACCAGUGCUUUUAUGAGUGCAACAGUCUCUCGGCCCUCAAUAUACCACAGAAGGUACAAUUCAUCGGAGACGCUUGUUUUUAUAACUGUUCAUCAUUGUCCGGUAUCUCAGUACCAUCCACUGUCACUUUCAUCGGGAGUUUUUGCUUCCACAAAUGUAACUUGGUUGUUUAA